AUGCAGGUGGUUGGGCAGAAGCAAAGAGUUAAGUCCUGGUUCCAUUUGCUCCUCCUCUUCAAUGUUCUGACAUCAUCAGUCCUGCCCCCUGAAAGAUCCCCUUCCUCAUCCUUAGAGCCCGUCACUUCCAAUCUGGAUUGUUUAUGGAAACUUCAUGAGCAGCAUCAGGAGCAGGUGUUUAUUCGUGGAAGAAAGUCAUGCUCUGAAGAAACUUUCAGUUCAGGGAUCACAGUGGAUGCCACAGGGGUAGCCGCCGGGCUCGACAGAGUUAUGGCGGUCCAAACUGCAAUCAUGAACCCCCAGUUCAUGAAUUUUUGCUUCCCUGAUUCUGUGAUGGAGUACGAUGUGGAAAAGAGUCUGGAUGGUAGUCUGGUUUGCGAUGCGGACAAUGAUGAAGACUUCAAAGAGACCACGAGGGACCUGCUGAGCUUCAUAGACUCGGCCUCCAGCAAUAUCAAGCUGGCUUUGGACAAGCCAGUGAAAUCCAAAAGGAAAGUCAACCACCGGAAGUAUCUGCAGAAGCAGAUCAAACGGUGCACUGGUAUUAUGACAUCAGGAAACUCAUCAGAAGCCCCGGCAAAAAGACAGGGUUCCCCAGUGAGUCAGCAGGGCCCUUUGCAGAGUAAAACUCUACAGAAGCGAGAGGGGGGGCAGGCCAACCUACAGAGUAAGAGCUUGGCUGCUCUCUUCAGCCCUGUAAAGGAAAUAAGGGGGGAGAAAGCAAAGAAACCCCCUCUGAGGCACCGUAAUCUGCCUCCGUCUUUCUUUACUGAGCCUGCCAACUGCUCCAGAGUCAGCUCCACAUCCGGGAUGACACUGAAGGACUUGGAACGGGGCAACCCAGAGGCCGCAGAGUUCUUUGAGCUCCUGGGGCCCGAUUACAGCAACAUGGUGAAUGAGCAGGACGUUUACCAUGGAGUGCCUCUGAGGGUGCAACCAGAUCUGGGAGCCCUGGAUCCGGCUUCCUAUGAUCAUUUAGCUAGUGGCCUCUUCUAUCCUGAGUCCUGGACUAACUGCUCAGGACCCUUUAAAAAACCAGGGGAGGGCCUGCGGACGGGUCCACCACAGCCUCCAGUCUAUGGUCAGGCUGAGGACUCUUCUGGGCCUAUAGACGACAGUGGACUGUGCACUUUGGCCUUCCCAAACUUCAUCCCAGACUGCUCCAUACCUCAGGUUACCUAUGAUCUAAACGGUGGAUAUAACAAAACAAAUUAUUCAUGUCUAUGAGAAAUUGAAAAAAUGCUCAGAAGAAAAGCUGCAGACAGUUCUAACAGUAGAAGAAGACACUUUGAUUUUUGUUAACAUAGCAACUGGGAUACAAUUUUCAUGUUGCUUUUCCCAUAGAAAAAUCUAUUUCAGAAAAUGUCAAAAGCUUCAUGUGGGGAUUUUUUUUCCAUCCCAGGAAAUUCAUAAUAGACGUUCUUAAGAGAUCUAUCCGUAAGGAUUUGCAUUGUUCAUCCUUUUGGAAACAUCAGCUUGUUCCAGCUGUUGAUAUUUACAGUGAAGCAGUUGGACUAAGCAACACAUGCACUUUUUCAACGUUAUUAGUAAAGCUACGUGCAGCAGCACAAAAACGGAAAACUAAUUCUUGCUGAAACAACGAUGACUGUUUUUGUCCUACAGAAAUGUAUUCAGAGUUUAUUUUCAGCUGGUCGACUGAACACUUUUUGUUCUUUUUUGAAGGCAUUUAUUGUAUCUAGCUAAUGUUAUAGGACAAAUAAAGCUGGUCUUUAUUGGUG